AUGCCGGCUGAGCCCGGCUUAGUGUCGGGGCUCGCCUCCCCACCGCAGCCUCCGCGGAAGGCCCGCGGGGUGCAGACCGCUCCCGGCAGAGCUGCAGCCCCGCUGGGCGGCAGAGCGGGCAGCGCGGCCACGGAUACGCCCUGCGUGCUCCGCGCGUCUCGGCUGCAGGCGGAGCUGACUCGGGAUGCACGUGUACAGACGGUGACUCAGAACCAGACAAAGCGCGCGUCUCCCCUGCGCUGCAAGUGCCCUGGGGGUCAGAGGGGCGCCUUCGCGGCCGCCCCGGCUCACCCCGUGUGA